GGGAAGUAGGGAACAGGGAACAGGAGCUUGUACGCAUUCGGCUCAUGAAGUGUUGGUUCCGCGAAGGGGGUCAAUCGCGGUGUCUACGUGCUCUCUCCAGUGUUGUUACAUCCGACGUAUUAGUCGAAACUCGAUUUUAAUGUGUCGUGUUCGCCAGUGUCUUAAGAUCAUUUAUAUGAGGAUCGUGGAGCGCUAGAAGAUGCUGGGAGACGAUCCACCGUACCUAUCAGUGGGUACGGAGGUAAGUGCUAAAUACAAAGGUGCCUUCUGUGAAGCAAAGAUAAGGAAAGUAGUACGAUCAGUGAAAUGCCGAGUGACUUAUAAACAAGGUUUGGGUACUGCUACUGUAGCCGACGACCAGAUAAAAGGAACUUUGAGAGUAGGUGCAUCUGUUGAAGCCAGACAUGGAGAUAAAAAGGAGUUUGUCGAAGCAACAAUUACCAAAAUUCAAGAUUGCAGUCAAUAUACUGUUGUUUUCGAUGAUGGGGAUAUUACUACAUUGAGGAGAACCUCUAGACAAGCGCAAGAUGAAAGUAGUGACGACGAGGACAGCCCUCCACGAGGAACUCGUGACUCAGGUUCUAGCGGGACAGGGAAGGAAGGGAUGGAGACAGAACCUGAGAUUGGACGGGUUGUAUGCGUGGAGCUUGGAGACAAGAAGAAAAAGGAUAACUGGUUCCCUGGGUUAGUGGUUGCACCGACUGCUCAAGACACAGUAAGAAUUCGAGUGAGAGACGACUAUCUUGUGCGAUCAUUCAAGGAUGCACGAUAUUAUACAGUUCCAAAGAAAGAGGCCACAGAGUUCACUAAGGAAGUUGUCAACAAAGUUGAGAAUAGCACGCUGAAGGUUGCAGUAGAAAAGGCAUUGCUAUUUUUAGAGAAGAAUGAGUUGCCUCCCCAUUGGGAUAGGGAUUCUCUUUUUGGGAAUUCUGUGUCAAGUGGAAAUAGUGACACCGAUGGAGAGCUUGACUCGGAUAGUUCGGACGACGAACCGCGUGAAGAGAAAGAUCAUUUCGUGGCACAAUUGUAUAAAUUUAUGGAUGACCGUGGAACACCUAUUAAUAAUUGCCCGAUGAUUGGAUCCGAAGACAUAGAUUUGUAUAGGUUGUUUCGAGCUGUUUACAAAUUGGGCGGUUAUAAUCGUGUCACGAAUCAAAAUCAAUGGAAACUGAUAACACGCCGUUUGAGCUUCACGAUGCAGAAUUCCCCGUCCACGCACAAUUUGGUGAAACAGGCCUACAAAAAGUUCUUACAUUCGUUCGAGGAUUUUUAUAGAAAACUAGGUUGUACUAUGGUAAAUCAUCCAAGAGGUGCUAUACGUAAACAACGUCCCGGUAGAAGUCUGAUUAGGGAUAAAGACAGAAAUACACCUGUGCCGCCGCAAGUAACUGUUGCUAAGAACGAGAAAGAGGAGGAGGAUAAGAAAGUGAUGGAGGAGGAGAAAAAGGAGAAGAAAGAAGUAAAGAAAGAGCUGGUGAAGGAGGAAGAAGUUGUGAAAAUAAAGAAGAAGGAGGAGUUGGAGGAUAGCGGUAGCGGGCAGGAGAGUGACGUGAACGUGGAAGCCGAGGCGGAAUCGUCUAGCAGCGAGAAGUCUCAAAAGAUCUCUACGUCGUUAGCGUUACAGAACAGAGGUAAGUCUAAAAGUAAAGAGGAUCCAAAGAAAAAGGUAGUAGAGAAGAAGAAAAACGAGGCUAAAAAGCAAGAGAAAAAGGACGAUAAAGCGAAAGAGGAGGAGGCCGCUAAAACGAGAUCGAAAUCUAAAGAUGACACUGUAAAAAGUAAAACGUCUUCUGAAAUUAGGGAAACACGAACACCGUCCAGAGAGUCUGAGAGAAAAACAUUGAGCAAACAGAGGCGUCUAACGGACGAGGAAUUGAAGAGACGAGGGAGAAAGCGUAAAGAAUACGAGGCGGAAAAGUCACGAUCCGACGAACAGUUGACAGAGUCCGCACCCUGCUACAAGGGUCCUGUGGAACUAGGGGACAGAUUAAAAGUGUAUUAUGGUCCGACUCACGAGUCUAAAGUCACGUACGAAGCGAAGGUUAUCGAUAUGGAGAAAGAUGGCACAGAACCGAUGUAUCUUGUACAUUACACUGGCUGGAACACGAGAUACGACGAAUGGAUCAAAGCGUCGCGAAUAGCACAGAAUUUUACACAAUCUCAAGGUAGGGUGAAACGCGUGAAAGCGAAUUCACGGCCGCAAACGCCGAGCACGAAUUUAUCGAGUAACGCGAACAAAUCGUCGAAGAUUGUGUCUAACACAGUUUCCAAUGCAUCUCAGAGCCGUCGUCGAGCACAAAGUGUAGCCCCCACGACGAUGGUGGUCUCGUCGAGCAUGUUGAAAGAAGUGAAGAAGGAAGAGAAGGAAAGGGAAAGGGAAAGGGAAAAGGAAAGGGAAAAGGAAAAGGAAAAGGAAAAGGAAAAGGAAAAGGAAAAGGACAAGGACAAGGAGGCGGCAGCGUCGCAGCCGGCCAGGUCUACAACUCCGCUGUCUGUAACAAGCUCCAGCUCCAGAACUAAGAGUCCAGCGACCCCGGCGAAUAAUCGUCAAACCCGUACCACAAGGAACACCGAUGCGCCCGGUGUCGAACACAGAAGACGAACGAGGAGGAUGUCCGGGCAUACAGACAUAUCGGUCGCGUCAGAAACCGAGGACAGCGAAGCGUAUGAUUCUGACGCUACAGAACCUGAACAACCAAGAACCAAAUCGAAAGGCGUGGAAGAAAGAAAACGUAGAGAGGCGAAAUGUCGAGCAGAGGACAGAAUAAAACCCGAGGAGACCAGUGACGGUGAAGAGGAUAAAGAUAAUUUGGAAGAACCCCGUAGAGGUAGACGUUUGAGAAGAACGAUCGGUAAAUCGCAGAGUAUCAAAUACGAGCCUGACAGCGACGACGAACAACCAAAGGGUCGUGAUUUCGAUCUUAAUCAGAUACGAUCGGAAUUGAAGGGCUUCGACAAGGCGGUGAAAUUGGAGCUUGUCAGAGUCGAGCCGGAUCCGGAGGACGAUAUUAAGAUUGACGAGAAGGAGAAUGUUGUUUUACUUUCACCGAAAUCGGAGAAAGGGUUGGAGCCCAAAGUGGAAACCACUCCCGAAUCCAAGAUAAUAGAGAGCACGGAGGAUAUAUACGAGUUCAAAGAACCGGAACCAUUUGAAUUUGAGGUACGCAAUAAACGGGACACCAGCGGAGAGAAAGAUAAAGUGAAGAAAAGGGUAUUCGAGGAGGAGCCUAAAAGUCCGAAAAAGAAACAGAAAAUUCUUGUAUCGCCGGUUAUAAAAGAGAUUAUUAAACCAGAAGUGGAUGAUUCGAGAAAGAAACCGAAAAAAUUGUUCAGCAAAAGGAUCGACGAUAUUACAGAAAGUAGUCCGCCGUCAGCCAAUAAAUCAUUAUCGUCCGGGUCGUCGAGCAGUGCCUGCGAAGAAGCAUUCGAUAAACUUUGCGAAUCACCGUCGUUCAAUAAUCAAACGAAAUCCGGUGGACCGAUUGUCGAGGAAACAACCGACAAAAUCGCUAACGGUAUAGAUUUGUUGUUCAGUGAUUUACCUGGCGACGACGACGACGGUACACAUGACGAUUCCGAGGAUCGAUUGAUAAUAUCAGAGGCGGAAGUUUCAGAAGCGGAACAUGAUAAUCUGUUUACGUAUCAACAAGAGAUGUUCACUGUCGGCGAUACGAACGAUUCGUUGGAAUCGAACAAAGAGGACACGACGAGUCCGCAGAUAGAAACUGUAAGGGAGGAAUUGCCACCGUCGAUCUCGAAUAAACCCGAGGUACCCGUAGACCAGAAGCAAACUGCUGUCAAGCUAUCCCCGUUACACAGACAAUCCCCGGAAUUGAUGAAAGCAGCACUCGAUACAAAAUUAUUGGACAUCACUGGACCUGUCUCGUCUCCAGUCGUCGUGGCACCAGCGCCGAUUAGCGCGCGACUGCCAGCCACAUCUACAAUAGAGGAGAAGCUUUCAGCGGCAAUGGCAUUCAGAAAUAAAACGAAGGGUAUUAAAAAGGAAGAUGAAAUCCCGGAGGUUGUAUGGAAACCAUCGAAAGAGAAUCCCAAGAAGGUAGAUACCAUAAUUUUACAAAAGAAUCAUAAAGAGGAUCAAAACGGGCCCAACGUGGUGGUGGUGGUGAACGCUGAGAGUAAAAAGCGGGAAGAAGAGGAGAUUAUUCAAGCGAACAACGAGGAACAGUGCAGAGAGAUAAUGCGCGUGGUGAUCAAACAGAAAGAGGAGGAACUUGAGCAGUUGAAGCUGAAGAAAGAAAUAGAACUGAAGAAAUUCGCGGAGGCGAAAGCAGAGCACAAGAGAGCACAAGAAUCUCUCGAAGAGGAAUGGAAGCACAUUGAGAAUGAAGAAUUCAAGAAAGCCGAGGAUGAAUUUAUUAAGGAGCACGAUUUCAAAGAGAAGGAGAAGGAAAAGUGCAAGAAGAUAGUAAAUCACGAUGCAAUAGAUUCAGCGGAUAGCAGUGAUUCGGAGCAAAGGCUGGUAAUCGACAACGAAGAACCCCGAGAUAUGAAAACACCAACGAACUUUGACGUAAAGUUAAGAGCAGAGUUGGAUAAACUGCAAGACACGCAGGAAAGGAAUGCAAAAUUCCAGACGCAAAAGUCUGGCCCGUAUCUGAAGCAGCAUCAUCAUCAUGCUCAUCAUUCUCAUCAUUCUCAUUAUUCUCAUCAUUCUCAUCAUUCUCAUCAUUCUCAUCAUCCUCAUCAUCCUCAUCAUCCUCAUCAUCCUCAUCAUCCUCAUCAUCCUCAUCAGCAGCAACAGCAACAGCAACAAGAGUGCGUGACCGAAUUGAAAACAGAAAUUAUACAUGUCACAAAAGCGGACGAGGAGGGAGAGGCGAUCAAUUCUUUGUUGUGCGAAGAAGAAAUACCCGGUUCGCCCGCGCCUGUUUCUGAAAUUAUCGAACAGAUCAACGCCGGUCCAUCCUGUUCGCCGCCGAAAGUCGAAACGUCGGAAAGCAGUAUAGUACUGAUGGAGAUGCCAUUCGCGAGCGCGCCUACUUCAGGCCAGAGUACGACCAAUAGUACCGUGGUCACGUUGAGUAUGGCGCUGCCGAAACCCGUCGAGGCGUCCGUUCCCGUUUCUUUACCGGUGCAGCAACAAAACAAUCCCAGUCUAGGUGUACGGCAACAGCAAUCCCAUCAUCAACUUUUGCCCGCGUUGAUGCCUGCCCAGAGGCGGGAAAGCAACGAGGCAGCGCCUGUAAUGGACAAUACACCGCCCACCACACCGGACUCGAGCAUUUCGAAUAUCUCUGGAUCUCCUAGGGAGGAAAGAACAGGUGGCUCCUCGCCAACUUCGGAGGACAAUAUGAAGCUGAACCGUGACAGUUCCGAAGCGGAGAACGAUAGCGCUGGUAAAGGUCCUGGGUUCAGCGAGGACGAUACAUUGCCGAAUGCCGAAGGAAACUCGACGGAUCGGAUAUUAAAACCGCCCGCGAAACGUUCUGUCGAGGAGACGCAAUCACCUAAGAAGCGUAAGAGAAGUAGGAAACACUCGGAAUGCGACAAGACCGCGUCGAAGAAAGCUAGCAGGCACAACAGCGGCAGGCAUGGCAGUAAACACGGCGGUGGAAGCGACAGCGACGAUACCAGCGAGAGUUCGAAUCAUUGCGGAGGGAAUUCAACACCUGCGAAUCACACGAGUAUCACCGCCACCGUACCCGAUCUUACGAAUUACUCGUCGAGAUCACCCAGGCCCACGAAAUACAAUUUCUAUGUGGAAUUAGAUCCUGAAUUGGAUGGAAGCCAAAGGAUAGCUGUGUUACAGCAGAAAUUAGCCGAUUUACGUAAAACAUACAAUGCUGUGAAAGUUGAACUGGCCGCGAUCGAGAGACGCAGAAAGAAAUUGAGGAGAAGAGAACGGGAAGCUAUAAAGGCGGCGAAAGCGGAAAUGCAACAGGCCUGUUCGUGAUGAGCUGUCUCGAAACAUCCCCAUUUCAUUUAAUAUGCGCUAAAUAAACUUUUAUACAACACCGCCGGGAGAUAAAAAGUAUCAUUGAAGCGGACACACCAUUUGGUCACAGCUGAUUUCAUGACAAUUUUUACCUACCUAACAUCAUGUAGGUAACACUUUUCCCCCAACUAAUAUAAAUUGUAGAUAUAGAUUAUAAGAUUUAGUCUAA